AUGUAUGCGGAUAUUGAUGAUGAAGGAAUCGAUCUUGAGGAAGUAGCUAUCGAACAUUCUCCGAAGCGUUUGAAUGAUGAUGAAUUAUAUAAUAUUCAUGAAUGUACGUUACAAAUGUAUCGUCAAAAUAAAAUAUGCUCAAAAAAUGCAUUCAACCUAAAAUUAUUAGAAUAUUUACCAGCCAUCUUGGAACGAAAAGGAAAAAUCUCCAAUAUUGAUAAUGAUGAUGAUAUAAUAACAGCGUUUCAAUCCGUGGGGACCACGUUAGACGCUUCAGCUAAAAUUUACGCUGCUAGAAUUGAUUCAUUACAUUAUGAAACAAUCAAAGCUCAAACAUUAUUGAAAUCAAAUGAUUUACAACAUCAAGAAGAUAUUCGGACGUCUGAGAAACGUAGCAAUUUUGAUAGUGAUAAUUAUGAUGAAGAUCUAGAUAAUGAGGAUGGUGAAUGUAUAAGACAAAAAACGAAGAAAAGUCGUAUUCUAGCUAGGAAAAAGACAAUUGUUAAUGAUAGAAGAAAAUUGUUAAGAAAACAAGCGUCGGUUGACAUGAUGCCCGUGAUGAAUACAUUUUUUUUAUCAGCGAUGAAUAAUGAUAAUAUAUUAUUAAGUGAAUUGUACGAAAAAUUACAUUCAUCAACACACAAAAAAGCAACAUCUACUACGAAUAUCAGCAACAACAAGGAAGUAACUGAUGAGAUUCUGAAUAUGGACUUGACACCAAUAUCACAGUCUGUGACAACCGCUAGUUGUAUCGAUGAUAACAAUUAUGGACGAAUAUCGCCCAUAACAUUGUCUGAAAAAUUACACAUUGUUACUGGCAUGGAUGAACUGAACUUUGAGUUGGACAUCGGUGUUCGAACACCGUUGCUGGUUGAUACUCAGUUAUCGUCCGAACUAGCCACUCAGGCGACAAUGACGGCGAAUGAUAGUAUAAUAACACCAUUACUCGUUGAAACAUGUCCAGAAGAAAAUACAUCAUUAUCGAUUGACUUUAGUCCAAAUGGAAGUUUGUCUUAUCCAUCGCCCGCAUGUUCCAGUACACCUCCACCCUCUACACCGUCUAUUGUUUCUCAUGACCGUUUUCGUAGUGCAAGUGUCUCUAGUAGCUGUAUUUUAACCAAUAUCAGCCAGUUAUUGUCAGAUAAACCAAGCGAAUACUCUUAUUUCGAUAAAAUACGAUUAGACGAAUUUGCAUCAAAAUCCCCGUCUGUCACAUCGGAUUGGACCGCAACACUAAAUAGCGAUGAUAACAGUAAUCAUCACACUGACAGACCUCAAACGCCAAAAGCGGGCAUAUUAAAACGUAAAUUAAGUAUCGAAUUUCCAUUCUUAAAUCAAAAAAAAAAAAUGAUUAGAAAAACAAAACAACAAUCAACAUUAAUAAACAGACGAUUGUCAGUUGAAUUGGAUUUUCCGUGUGGUUCAGAUAAUGAUCAAUUAGACAUAUCAACAGCAUCCUCGUUAGUUAUAACAGAUAUUAACGAAAAAUCACAAUCGUCCAUGUCGUCCGCACUUCUAUCACCCAAUAGUUUUACAAAGAUGACGACGACAGAUUGUGUACAAACAUCUCUUCUUCAAGAUUCAUCUCUCAUACUCCAUGAUAAUAUUAGUUGUACGCCGAUGCUAAACUAUGAUAACGAUUCUAUUUCACCACAACAUACACAAUCUGCAACAUCCGUAACAGCAAAGGCAACGACUGCUGCAGGAGAAAAAUUUGAUUUUCUCGUACCAAUGAUACCUGUACAAAAAAAACAGUCGAUUGAUGUUAGAAAUCUACAAAAAUUAAUGCACAGAAUAAUAACAAAUAAAAUCAAUGAUCGAUCAUCGGAUAACAACGCUUCCACGUUUUCGGAGGUCUAUGAAAAUCUAACAACACAAUUACCUUCUUCUACCACUACUACAACCAUUAAUUCAGUAGUUCCCUCAAGCAGAUCGAUUGGUAUCUAUUUUAGUGCUUUACUAAAUAAUGCAGUUUUGAACAAAUGGAAUUUAACAUCAAAUAAACAAUGUGACGAUAUUGAAAUUUCACCACAAAAAUCAAACACGCCCACCUACAGAUAA